AUAUCGAUUCACAGUCAUCCAUGGUGAAGACAUAGUUUGCGAUCGACCAUUUGUGGAGAUAUUAUGUGGGGGGCCGGUGGUGGUUUUGUAGGUUUCUCCGAUCCACAUCCGGUGUGGAUGGCGGUGUCUGUCAAGCACAAGCCUCUUCAUUGGGUUCCAUCUCUUUCAACAAAAACGAGUGUUUCCUCAGUAUCUGUCUCAGCAGCGCCACUUUCCAGCUCCAAUAAUGCUCUCGUUACACUUACACAACGACCCCAACUCUCCUUCCUUUCUUCUUCUGCAUCAUCUGCCAAUCCCCCUUUUAUUAAUUUUGCCAAAGUCAAUAGUCCACCUCCUCAAUUGGCCCUUCUUUCCCUCGGCUACGUCCUCUCUGCGACUAUUGGGGCGAUUUUCUCCUUGGCUAUUAUUUCAAUUCCUACCAUGAUGGCUUUUAAGAAACUGGGUGUCUCAGUGGAAAAAUUGUCCAAAGUAGUUUCUGAAGAAGUGCCCGGAACCUUAUCUUCCCUCAAACUUUCGGUAUUGGAGAUUAACGAACUGACUCGACAGCUUACCAAUCUCAGGCAAAAGAUUUCUGGUACUUCCUUUGCCGACAAAAGCAGAAGCAAUAAGCCCACUUUCACCACAAGUAUUAGCAACGAUUGAUUCACCUCUGUGUUUCAAUGAUUAUUUGAUCCGUUAGUCUAUUGUUUGUUCAAAGGAGCAAUAAAAUAUGUACCGAUAGCUUGCUUCUAUAUAAACUAUAAGAGAGUAAUAUUGUUGUAACUUGUUAAACCAAGUAAGUCGCUUUUAUGUACGGAUUAUUUGAUCUCCUUGCUCUUUUAUAACAUUAUUCUGUAAAGAAAAGCAUCAAUCCAAGUAUUUUAUGUAGGAA